UCGUACCAUACGCACACGCCUCGGCCGGCUGGUGGACUCUCUUCCUACUUUUCUUUCUUUUUCUUCUUCUGCUUCUUCCUUUUUUCCCUCCUUCCCAGGUCCCACGUCCCAAAUCCCAACCCAAAGGACCCAGGGGCGGCGGCGGCGACAAGGAUGGUGGAGGGAUGCCGUGGUGGGGCGUUCGGAACGAAACACUGGCAGCUACCCUUGUCCGUGCCGGGGGGCGUGUGCUCUUGGGGCACGCCGGGCCUUGGUGUGUACCUGUGUGUGUGGUCUGGGAUCCUGACUAGGACUGGGAGCCCGCGGCGGCAGGGGACUGAGGCCCGGUGACGAGAUGGUUCGGGAUCUGUGAUGUGCUGCUGACGCUGUACCUACAGACGGGGGGAUGCAGGGCUCUGUCGUCCCAUUCAGCGAUGCCGCCGCCGCCGCCGCCGCCGCUGCUGCUGCUGCUGCUACUGCUGCUACUGCUGCCAGUGUGCACAGAGCUGGUCAGAGAAUUGGACGACGACCGGACGAUGCGACGGCCAUGUGUGUACUACUGCUGCUAUUACUCUCUGACCCCCCCCCCCCCGCCCCCCCGUCGUUCCUUGUGCCUCUGUGAGACGCGACCGAGGGAGCCUGCGAGCGAGCGACUAGAACGAUGUCGUGUCGCCCGUGGUAAUCAAACUCGACUUUCCGACUUUCCAACCGGGGCGCGUUGAUUCGAUGGCGCCUCGAUGUCGUGCCAAAGCCGCCUUUCCUCGUGGCUUCUGAGUCCCUGCU